UCCCAUCACAGAGAGAGAACAGAUGGGAUGGAGAAAGAGGCUCGAGCAGACCCAAAUGCUCUGCUAGAAGGCCAAGCAGAAAUAUGGUUGUGCAUAUUUUCUGUUGUUGAGACCAUGGCUUUGAAAGGUGUUGUGGAGCUCUGCAUAGCCGAGAUUAUCCACUCCCACGCUAGACCCAUCACCUUGUCAUAAAUUGCCAGUGAUAUUGGCUCUCCAUCUUUAGACCUCUCGUCCCUGGCUCGCAUAAUGAAAUUACUCGUCCAUAUGAAGGUUUUUGAUGCAGAUUCUAAAUCCGGUUGCAAAGAGACUCUUUACAGCCUGAAUGCCUCCUCCAAAUGGUUGUUAUAUGACAACGAGCUAAGCCUAGCACCUUUUGUGUCCAUGAUUGAUCACACACCAAUUUCUACCAUGAAUUUCCUUAGCCAGUGUGUGAAAGAGGGUGGCAGUGACUUCCAGAAGGCUCAUGGCGUCUAGUUUUAGGAUUUUGUAUCUUUAGAUCCUGAAUUCCAGAAGAACUUCUGCUAUAGCAUGGAAUUUACUUCAAGGAUAUCAAUGAAGGCAAUGCUGACAGAAUAUAAAGAUGGGUUUGAUUCCAUUGGAUCUUUAGUGGACGUUAGGGGAGGGUCUGGAUUUGCAAUGGCAGAGGUUGUGAAGGCCCAUCCACAUAUCAAAGGAACCAACUUUGAUUUGCCACACAUUGUUGACACUACACCAGUGUACCUAGGGGUAGCUCAUGUUGGAGGUGACAUGUUUGAGUCCAUUCCUCGUGCAGAUGUGAUUCUCAUGAAGCGGAUCUUGCACGGUUGGAGUGAUGAAGAUUGUAUCAGGAUUUUAAGAAAAUGUCAAAAAGCAAUUCCAAAGAAAGCGGGGAAGGUUUUCAUCCUUGAUGUGGUUCUGCAGCUUGGGGGUGAUGGCUUGUUUAAUGAGGUAGGCAUGAUUUUCGAUAUUCUAAUGUUGGCUCAGUUUGGGGGGAAGGAGAGGUCAGAGAUCGAGUGGAAAAGGGUAUUGGAAGGAGGAGCGUUUCCGCGCUACAAAAUUAUAAAGGUUCCUGCAAUAGAGUCAAUCAUUGAGGCCUAUCCUGAGUGACUUCAAUGGUUUACAAUGAAUUCAUCUCAUGAUGCAAAGUGCAAUUUUCCUCAAAAUAGUGAAUAUGAGGACAAGAUAAUAUUAUACAUUUUUCUUGCAAAUUGGCUAACUUAGUUUGGGUGGAUAGUGUUGGAAUGUAUAGGUGAAAAAGUGAGUAGACCAAAUAAAGAGUGCACCUUUUUGUAUUUCUAACUAGCUAAUGCAACUAGUAGUGUUAGAGAUGUUGUAACUAGCUAAGAGUGUUAAUUGGUUUUAUAUUGUUUUUUGGUU